AAAACCAACACCAUGGCGGCGGCGUCGAGCACGGCCGGCCGCGCGGUCAGCGACGGGCUCCGGCGGCUGACGCAGCUCUCGCUCGUCUCGAAGGUCUGCUCGGAGCUCGAGACGCAUCUUGGCGUCGGCGACCGCGUCCUCGCCGAGUUCAUCGUCGACCUGGGCCGCGCGUCCCCUUCCGUCGCCGACUUCGACGCCAGCCUCAGGGCCCACGGGGCCGAGCUGCCGGACUACCUGGCGCGCACCCUCCACACCGUCAUCCACGCCAUCCCUCCCAACGCCGCCGACGGCCCCGCCCCACGGAACCCUACCUCUCGCGGUUCCGAUGCCCGGAGCUGCGAGGAAGCCAAGGAGGUGGCGAAAGCUGGGGAACCUGGGCUGUACCAGGUGUGCCGCGGGAGGGUCACCGGGGUGGCGGACGCCGGGUGCUUCGUCCGCCUCGACGACGCGCGCGGCCGCGAGGGGCUCGUCCAUGUCUCCGAGAUGCCCGGUCGCCGCAUCGCCGUCAAGCGCGGGCAGGAGGUGUUCGUCAAGAUCGUGACCGUACAGGGCCACAAGCUGGGAUUGUCGAUGCGGGACGUCGACCAGGACACCGGGAGGGACCUCCUGCCGUUGCAGUGUGCUAGGGAGGAUGAUGCGCCGAGGCCGACGGCGAAUCCGUCCGCUCGUCGAGCCGCCACCACUGGGAAUAGGAUAGGGGUGUCAGGAAUUGUGAUAGCCCAGGACAACCAGAGUGACACAGCUUCGCGGCGGCCAAUCAAGCGGAUGAGCUCACCGGAGAGGUGGGAAAUGAAGCAGCUGAUUGCUUCAGGGGUGCUGGAUGCGAAGGACUACCCAGUGUUCGAUGAUGAGGAUGGUGAGGGGAUGAAUUACCAGGAGGAAGGUGUGGAGGAGGAGCUUGAGAUUGAGCUUAAUGAAGAUGAGCCAGCAUUCUUACGGGGACAGGAUCGUUCCUCAAUUGAUAUGUCUCCAGUGAGGAUUUCCAAGAACCCUGAUGGAUCGCUGAGCCAAGCAGCGGCACUGCAGAGCGCGCUUGUCAAGGAGCGGCGGGAUAUCAGGAGCCAGGAGCAACGAGCAAUGGUUGAUUCCAUCCCAAAGGAUCUGAAUCGGCCAUGGGAGGAUCCUGUGCCUGAGGUGGGUGGGCGGUAUCUUGCACAAGAGCUGCGGGGUGUUGGAUUAUCAGCGGAAAGCAUGCCAGAGUGGAAGAAAGAGUCUUAUGGGAAAAAUGUAAGGUUUGGUCAGAUGUCAAGGCUUUCAAUCCAGGAGCAGAGGCAGAGUCUUCCAAUAUACAGGCUGAAGAAUGAGCUUAUCAAAGCUGUUGGUGACAACCAAGUUCUGGUCGUUAUUGGUGAGACUGGUUCAGGGAAAACAACCCAGGUUACUCAGUACCUUGCUGAAGCAGGCUAUACUACGAGGGGGAAAAUUGCAUGUACUCAGCCUCGCAGGGUCGCUGCAGAAUCAGUUGCAAAGCGAGUAUCAGAAGAGUUUGGUUGCCGAUUGGGAGAGGAAGUUGGUUACUCCAUACGCUUUGAUGAUCACACUGGACCAGAUACUGUCAUUAAGUACAUGACAGAUGGCAUGCUCCUUCGUGAAAUUUUGCUGGACAGUGACCUCUCUUCUUACUCAGUGGUCAUGCUUGAUGAGGCACAUGAGAGGACUAUCUUCACAGACAUUCUAUUUGGCUUACUCAAGAAACUAAUUAGGCGUAGAACUGAUCUCAAGUUAAUAGUUACUUCUGCCACUCUUGAUGCAGAAAAGUUCUCCGGUUAUUUCUUUGAUUGUAAUAUUUUUACCAUUCCUGGGAGAACAUAUCCUGUGGAGAUACUCUAUGCAAAACAACCAGAGAGUGAUUACAUGGAUGCAGCGCUGCUCACAGUAUUACAGAUCCAUCUGACUGAACCUGAAGGUGAUAUCCUCUUGUUCUUAACAGGCCAGGAAGAGAUUGAUCAUGCCUGUCAGUGUCUCUAUGGGAGGAUGAAGGCUUUGGGUAAGGAUGUACCAGAAUUGUUGAUAUAUGCAGUGUACAGUGCUCAGCCAACUGAAAUGCAGUCAAGGAUCUUUGAACCUACUCCUCCUGGGAAGAGGAAAGUGGUUGUGGCCACUAACAUAGCAGAAGCAUCUAUUACAAUAGAUGGGAUAUAUUAUGUAGUUGACCCAGGAUUUGCAAAACUCAAUGUGUAUAACCCAAAACAAGGGCUGGAUUCACUGAUCAUCACACCAAUAUCUCAAGCAUCUGCUAAACAGAGGGCAGGGCGUGCUGGACGCACAGGCCCAGGAAAGUGUUAUCGUCUAUAUACUGAGAGUGCCUAUCGCAAUGAAAUGCCCCCGACAACUACUCCAGAAAUUCAGAGGAUCAACUUGGGAUGGAUGGUCCUCAAUAUGAAGGCAAUGGGAAUAAACGAUCUAAUGUCAUUUGACUUCAUGGACCCCCCAGCACCUCAAGCACUCAUAACUGCCAUGCAACAACUGUACAACCUUGGUGCCUUAGACGAGGAGGGUCUCCUUACUACAGUAGGGAGAAGGAUGGCUGAGUUUCCACAAGAACCACCACUUUCAAAGAUGCUCCUUGCUAGUGUGGACCUCAGAUGCAGUGAUGAAAUACUGACCAUCAUUGCAAUGAUUCAAACUGGGAACAUAUUCUAUCGGCCAAAGGAAAAACAAGCUCAAGCAGAUCGGAAAAAGGGCAACUUUUUCCAGCCAGAAGGGGAUCAUAUCACGCUGCUCACUGUGUAUGAAGCAUGGAAAGCAAAGCAAUUUUCAGGUCCAUGGUGCUAUGAGAAUUUUGUUCAGUUAACAUCCCUAAGGAGAGCACAGGAUGUGAGGAAACAGCUCCUUGAGAUCAUGGACAAGUACAAACUUGACGUUGUCUCUGCCGGGAACGAUCUGACCAAGGUGAGGAAAGCCAUCACUGCUGGUUUCUUCUUCCAGGCUGCCAGGAAGGAUCCACAGGGAGGAUACAGGACCAUUGCUGAUCAUCAGCAGGUUUAUAUCCACCCAGCCAGUGCACUCUUCCAGCAGCAGCCUGAGUGGGUUAUCUAUCAUGAAAUCGUCAUGACCACGAAAGAGUACAUGAGGGAGUUGACAGCCAUUGACCCAAGAUGGCUUGUUGAACUGGCACCGAGCUUCUACAGAUCUGUAGACCCAACGAACAUCAGUAAGCGGAAGCGCCAAGAAAGGAUUGAGCCUCUGUAUGAUAGAUACCACGAGCCAAACUCAUGGCGCCUCAGCAAGCGCCGCGGGUCACAAUUUCAGCCUGAGAAUCCUAGAGGAGAAGACCUUCCUCCCUUGACGCUCUCCAUGGAUUAGAUUGAGUUGCUACAUUCAUGCCAUGCAGGCUUAGGAAUUGGAGAAUAUGCCAUUCCACUUCAUAAUCAUAGUUUUAUUAAUAUAUAAGACAAACUUAAAAGGUAAUGGUCAAAGUUGCAUCAUGGAGAUCAUGCAAGGGCAAUAAUGUCAAGAAGUUGUAGAGUACUCCCUCCGUCCCAAAAUAUAAGGACUUUUUGAGUUGUGCACAGGUAUUAAGGAUGUCUGUAAUUGGUUGAGCUGAGGAAGUAUGUGGAGAAAUUAAGCAGAAGAUGACUGUGAUCGGUUGAGACAAGAAAGGUAGCUAUAUUUUGGGACAAAUUUUGAAUACUAAAGGUAGCUAUAUUUUGGGACGAAGGGUGUACCAUCCAAACUUAAAGCUCACUAGAACUUCAUUUGUUUUAUUAGCCUCAAUAAUUCAAUAUCACUUGAACAAAGCAUUUUUAGAUGUAAACAGAAAUCCAGACAAAAGGGGAGCACAUUAUAUUGAAUGUGAAACACACUGAACUAUACCUUCAACCUUCUGUACAAUGCAGCAGAAUUACUCCAUGUACCAUCAAGCAAAACAAAGUU